AUGGCAGAUGACCAGUUUGCCUUAGCUUUGAUUUCGGGAAGAGCACAUCUGAACAUUCAGGACAACUCAUGCAAGACUCCCUUGCAAUAUGCUUUGAUGGAGAAGAGAGUAAACAUGGUCAGAGAACUCCUUAAGCAUGGUGCGGACAUCAAGUCUAUUCCAUCGGAUCUUUGGCUGGCGCUUAGGAACAAAGCAUCGGAUUAUGUCCAGCUUAGUCAAAUGCCUAGCGGGCAGAAACACACAAUGGAGCUGAUCAAUGUCAUGGAAAAGGGUCCUUGGAUACCCUCUGCUGGGGAGCGCAGAUUAUGGUAG